AGUGACGGUUGAGUGUGAAGUUUUUAAAGUCACGAGGCCCCCAGGGUAACAAAUACUAUGGUUAGCUCACAGCUAACAUUUAACCACAAACCUUCCCUUUUCCUGUUCAAUCAAGAGCUCGGCAUGAGAAUGAGCUUCUUGAGUGUUUAUUGUGCUGUGAAGGACUGUCAGGUUCUCCGCUGAUAUCAUCACAAGAUGAACAUCUUCAUCAUCUUCACUAUUCCCCUCGGCUGCAUCCUCCACCGGAGCCACGGUUUUAAGGUGAUUCAACCUCAGUAUCGCAGCGUAAACCCAGACGGGUCGGCCUCGAUCAGCUGUGAACACACGGCCAACGCCAGCUCCGUCGAAGAUGUUCGACUCAGCGCCUUGUCAGUCACAAACAAAGCUAGUCUGCUGUGCCAGAAGGGGAGGACGGACUGCGAGAACAUCGCCAUGCUCCGAGCGAGUCCCCAGAAAUGGCUCUUCAUCCUGCUCAACAUCGGGCCGGAGGCCAUGGCCGUGAAAUAUCAGUGUGUGUUCACAGUGAAGAAAGACAACCUCGACCUCACCAGGACGGGAACGCCCACCCAACUGCUGCCGAGUCAAAAGGAAGCGGCCUGCUUGAAUCAGCCUUCACCUUCUUCUCCUCCUCCGUCUCCUCCGUCUCUUGAGACCUUCUGGAUUGCGAUUGGCCUGCUGGCUCUGAUGUUCCUGUACAGCUGUGUCAUCACCUCCUUCUACAUCAGACUCAGGUGCAGCAAGGAUGAAGCCGGGAACUCCACCUACGUAGAAAUGAGGAAAGCUCCUCGGCCAAGGAAUCCACCUCUGUGACUCCUCUUGGUCCGCCACCGGCCUCGUGCUCAAUGCAAUGAGAGCGGGAACAGGUACAUGGAAUACGCUCGAAAUGCACACAUUUCUCCAUUUGAGCAGAUAAAAACAAAACAAAUCAAAUCCAUCUUUUCCAGCUUUUGCAUUAGAAAAUGUUCGUUCAUUCAGAGGUCAAAUUUUAAUCCAAUUUUGCUUGUGCUAUACGUUUCUUGGUAUAGAUGACGCAUUAGGCCAUCUUUAAACAUAUGGAGUUAUACUUAAAGAGGAUUAACAAUGCCUGGAAAUCUUAAUUCAGAAUGAAAUGAAUCAUAAAUCUUUGUACAACUUUAAAGAGGACUUGUUGUGUAGUUGUUGGACUUGUCAGAGGAGGUUGCAUCAUAUGUUGACGAGUGAAAUUCUUUGUCUCCUCAUAGAGUUUGCAUCAUGUGUUUAAUUUAGAUCAUGUGUUGACAUUGGAAGAUGUAUGAUGACUGGAACGAUCCCUCUGACAAUAAACAGUUUGCAAUCAUCUGACAUAGAUACAAGGAGGUGUGAAUCCUUAAUGAGAGCGAUUCACAAGAGAGCGAUGACACAAUGUUGAUGUUUGUUGUGUAGUCGAGUCUCACGGGCUUGAGUCCGUCAACGUGUGUGUGUGUGUGUUUGACAAUGUGUGUGAACGAGAGGGAUGGAGAGAAACGGACAGUGU